AGGCACUUUGACAGGCGAGGACGGCACGGUCAAACAUACGCCAAUUUAUCUUAUUACACUAGAACCUUUUGCUUUAGUCUUCUACUCUCUGCGGAGCAACCAAGCCACGUGAUGUCGCCGUCGUAUCACUUCUUACUUUAUGGUGGGCCGCAAACACCAGAGCAGUCGUUCAGGCAAUUGACCACCUGGCUGUUACUGCAAAGUCUGCAAACACCAUCAUGGUCUUGGUAGCAAGACUGCGAACUUGGAGGAUCUGUGCGGCCAUGCCGAUGUGCGAUCAUGCAUCAGCCCUUCUCUUAUCUGCGGCAGCCUGGCGCAAGGAUGACUAUUGUCUUGCGUACUCACCGAUAAUGGUGCUCAGCGUUUGGCCACUUCGCUUCACUAAACCUCUUUCACCACGCUCUUGUAGCGCGCCUAUGAGGAUCAAGAUGGCAUUGGCCCGCUGCGUCGUGCGCGAUCACAUCGUGUUGGACGUACCUGUACGACCGUCUAAGCUCGUGCUCGCCGAGCGCGCCAGCCUCGCUGUGACGAGUAUUGCUGGCACAGCCAGGAUCAGAAAGGUGCGGAAGCGCAAUUGCAUCGUAGGGCAGUAGGGUUCAGAAGAGAAACGGUGGUGGAGGAGUGACAGCAAAGAACGUAGGGGAUGUUGGUCGUGCAAUUUCAGGACCAUCACUCUUAUAACACAGCCGGGUCGACUCGACGAGACUCAGCAGUACUGCUCGAGCACCCGGAAAAGCCUCACGGAAGCCGCAUCCGAGGCAAUGAGCACCUCAGCAUUUCAUUCAGCGACCCCGACUACCGACGCCGCCAUCGCCAGCGGAAGGCUGGCAAGCUGAGCAGUGAGCAGUAGCACCGUCAGACUCAAAGGAACGGAGCGCUUCAUGCCGAGGAAACAAAGAAGAACUUGGAGGGUGUGGAAGGAAGGCGCGAGAAAUUCAGCCUGUCGCCUAUGAGAGGAAGAGCAACACUCGUGGAUAGCCCUUUAUAUACCUUUUUCAAGGGGCACCGACGUGAGAGCUACUUCUCGAUAUUGCAGGACUUGGGCCAAGGGCGGUGCGAGUCGCUCAUGAAAGAAUGAUCAGGCGCGCUUCAUUCCAAUGUUGAUGACACUUUCGCAGCCUAAAGUGCAAAUGUUUAUAAGCGGAA